CGACUAGGUAGCCAUGUAUACAGUUUAUUUCGGUUCUGAUGUUGAUCUGAAAAGAACGGAUAUAACGGCUUUCUGUUUGGAUUGCCUUUGCCCUAAACGCAUAUUCUUUAGUCGGAAUUUGUAGCUUUGAACAAUGGAAACCAGCCCGCUCUCUGUUCUGCACGAAGUCCCCGAGCAUCUUGAAAAAGCUGACCCAAUUCCUGCAGUCUCCGAGCAAGCAGUCGAACUCGAAAGUUCAACAUCGAAAGGAAAUUUGAAGACCAACGAAUUGAAAUUCAAAAACGACCAAGAAGAACCUGAAGCCAACAAUUCGUCGGAAAAUUCCGAGUUUACGGAUAGCUGGGAAUUAACAGAGUCUGUGAGUCCCUCGGAAGGGUCCCGGCAGCAGAGAUCUUCCGGAUCAAGUUUAUUUUCGAACUCCUCGGAAACCAGUCAAACUGGUUCUCCAGAGAUGCCCAAAAAAUACGAUAAACCCGUUCAUGUGGUGUCCAAGUGCGAGGAGAUUUUUUGUUUGAUCUGCGAAAACAAUCUGAAAAUCUGUGGUUCUUCGUAUACAAAUAUUUUUAAGGGGCAGAAAAGGGGAAGCACCACGCUUCCCGAAAGGAUAUCUUCGUUUAUCGGAGCAGCUGAAGACUUGAAGCUUUGCGAUGUGGGAAGUUCCUACAUGUGCGCACAAUGCCAGCGGAAUCUACAAAAGGCAGAAUUACUGGAGAAACAAGUCAACCAAAUUCGGGACACUUUUACCAAUUCUUUCUCCAAUUUGAGUAGGAACAGUCGCAUGAAAAAACGGCGGAUCACAUUGAACAACCAACAACAGAGUUCGGUGGAGGUGAAACAAUUACAAAUACGGAUCAAGGAGUUGGAGCAGGAACGCCAUGCGUUGCGUUUGAGGCUGGAAUCCUUAGAGGCUGAGUAUGAAAACACCGUGAAGGAACUGCAGGACGAUGUCAACCAGCUGCGACAGGACUUGCAAGGGCAGCAGCAACAGCUGACGGCAGGGGACAAGGACAAGGUGAAUAUCAUACGGGAGCUGACGCAACAGAACGAACGGCUGAGCGACCAAGUGCAACAUGCUGCUGAAAUGGAAGGACAACUUGUUUCAGAAGUGGAGGGAUUACGAUCACAAGUCUCCUUACGGAUGUCAAUGCCUGACCAACUCGAUCAGUUGGAUGCACUGCAUGCCAAGAUAAAUGAACUGACGGAGAAGAAGUGUGAAAUCGAAAGAAAGAUCCAUGUAUUAACGGAAGAAAGGGAUUCGUACGCCUGUAGCUUGGAAGAAUCUCAAGAGAGAAUUUUGAUGCUAGAGAAGCAGAAACUAGAACAAGAAUUACAUAUCCGUAACCAAGGUCGAGAAAUCUACGAACUUCAGGAGGUGAACCACCAACUCCAGGCCCAGAUCGAAAAUUUGUCUCAACGAACAUCAUACGGCAACACAGGUCCACCUAGUCAAACCCUCUUCAAUGAACUGUCGGGUCUUUCGGUCGACAGUGACAAAGAACCAGCUGUCCUAUCGGUGCAGUCGGAAGCAUUGACCAGUCUGACCCCACAAUCAAUGAUGAUGAUGAAUAUGACAUUCGAAGACGACAUUGAGUGUGAUGACGAAUGUUCCCCGAUUCCUCUGGCAAAUUCCACAAUGGCAACACAUUUUAAUCAGAUCGGAACACACCACAACCUUUCCGAGGAGUUUCUAAAUGAGAUUGUCGAAGUGUACAACCUCCUCUGUAAAUUAUGUGCUAAACUUCGGACACAGAACCAGGCCAAAGCCAUCAGCGAUGGCAGUGACGUGGAUUAUGUUGGCCCAGUCGAAGAGACUUGUAAUUCUAUCAGUGACAUCAAAUCUGGCCAGCUACGAUCGCUCCUGCGUGAACUACAACAACUCAUUCACAAUCAGAUAUACUCAGCCAAACAUAAAGAAACUUGGAACCGGUUAUCUCUGAAUGGAGAUAUUAGAAAAAUGAUAAAAUUUUUUGAUAUAAUGGAUGGGAGCAAAGCUGCUGAUGGUGAAUCGCGGGACGCAGAUGAAGUUAGAAAAGUCACGUUAAUGGCUGAACAGAUCCACGAUUUACACGUUGAACUGAACGGUGUUCGGACACACGUUUCUGGCUUGCACGCCGAUUUGCAGUUGCGGGACCAGCAGCUGCAGCAAAAAGCCACAGAAGUUUCCGAACGUAACGCUAAGAUUGAUAACCAACAAGAAGAGCUGUUCCAACUCCGUGCACAUUGUGAUAGCUUAGAAGACAAAGCCUUGGGUGAACUCUCAAAGGACGAAGUCCUAGAGCAAGCGAGACGAGACAGAAACGAGGCCAUGGAGAUGAAAAUUCAAAUGGAGAAGGAACUGUACCAAGCCAAGUCUGAAAUAAUGAGUCUAAACAACCAGCUAAUGGCCGCCAUUCAUCAGAAAGUGAUGGUUUCUCAACAGAGAGAUCAGUGGCAGAAUGAUAUGGAGGAUCUGAUAGACAUUCAGAUGCGCAAGAGACUAAUUCAAGAGAAUCGAAAUGAAUUGGCAGAAGAACGGAUCAAGGAAAGCAAAGUGAAAAGAACUUCUUCCUUCUUUUCUCGAGUGAAACACUGAACUUUAACCUUGACUACAAACUCUCGGAUUUCACAAACUGGAGAACGUUUGGAUUCUCGGACUCUCCAACCAUGUCAUCACCAUAUAUAUAUAUAUAUAUAUAUGCAUAUUGUGUCGUUGUUUGUGUGUGUGUAUAUAUAUAUAUAUAUGUACACAUUCACACUUUCAAAACCUCCCAAGGAGGGGGACACAUGGAUUCCUUGUAAUGGACCCUAUUUCAUGUACCUGUUUCACCUUAUGUACCUGCGGUUUUUUUUUAAGUGGUUUCACUGACUCUUUUUAUUUUUAUGGAUUUUUUUUUUUUUUGCAAUGUAAUUAACAAAGACAGAAAUCUGCAACAAUAAUUACGCAAACAAAUACCAAAAAAAAAAGGGCCAAUUAGUGAAGCCAAUUUGUCGAAAGCAUCAUUUCUUUUUGAUUCCAUCUUUUUUUUAUUAUUAUUAUUAUGUGCAUUUUUUUUUUCUUUGUUUUGUUUUUUUGGUCAUCAUGGUUAAUUAACGAACUAGGUGCAAAAAGAUCUGAAGUUUUGUUUUCUGAAAUUUCUCAAGGACUGAAACAUUUUUUUUUUGUCCCCCCUCUCCCCUCCCACGAGAAAAACCCGAGAAAGGGACAAAUGAACCAAAGAGGAAAUAAAACCAGGACAGAAAAAAUUUUAGGGGCCGGUAGUUUUAAUACUAUCUCCACGUCCCUUAAUCUUAAGUGAGAACAUUUUCUUUCAGCAAUGGAGAAACUUUGGUACUCAGCAACAGAAAAUAUGUAAAAUAUUAUAAAUAAAAUUAUUCCAGUCAGCAGCAAAAA